UAGUGCCGCGCACCCGUUGCCGAGAGACGGACGUUAGUCGCGAAUGUAGUUUUCGCCUUUGCUCAAUAAUAUUAAAAAAGUAAUUCUAAACCAACACUCGGGUUUCAAUAAAGUUGACAAAUAUUUUAAUAUAUUUUUGUGUGAUUUAUUUUAAAUUCGCACGUGGGUAUUCGGCGACUUUGUUUUGAGAAUCCAAUCCAUACAACGAUUACAGUGCUCAAAUACAAGUGAUACAUAAUGUGCGCGGUGGUGGAUCGGUGCGCGCGCGCAGCUACAGUGUCGGAUGCCGUCGGCUGUUUCCGCGAGGGCUGUCAGUGAGGGCACAACAUGGCGGAGAAGGUCAGCUGAUCUGAAGCAAGCGCGCGCAAGCCUCACAGCAAAAGGCGAAUAAAGCGCAUCAUGCAGGUAUUCGGCGAGUGGGCGCAGGUGGAGGUGGUGGAGCUGGUGAACGACGGGUCGGGGCUGGCGUUCGGCAUAGUCGGCGGCCGCUCCUCCGGCGUCGUCGUGAAGAGCGUGCUGCCCGGGGGCGUCGCCGACAGAGAUGGGCGCCUGCGCAGCGGCGACAUGUUGCUGCGCAUCGGCGCGGUAUCGGUUGUGGGGAUGUGCGCGCGACAGGCGGCGGCGGUGUUGCGGCAGUGCGGCGCAUGCGUGCGACUGUUGGUCGCGAGACCAGCGGCUUCCAACGCGUUGCCUAUGCAGUCGCUAGGGGCUUCGCAAGCGCCGAUCGUGCCGUCUCGGUUGUUGGCUGACCCUAUAGAGCUGGAGAGACGGUUGUCGGAGGCAGGACACGAUGGGUUCGGAGCCUUGUGCGAGGACACCACGCCGCCAUCACCGCCGCCCACUAUCAUAGAGGAAAGGUUACAUCAUAGGCCGGUAGCGUCCAUAGUAGCGGUAGUGCCUCGCGGCGCCCUGGCCCCGUCGCCUCGUCCGCCUCCGCUCAUCACCAAGCAGACUCCGCCCGAACCGCCGCCUAUCAGGUUGCCGUUGGACAUGGCGGUGAGAGGCAACGGCUCUCCCGAAACGAUCAGCUAUGAAGUGUCUCUAAACAAGGACUCCGCUCUGGGACUCGGCAUCACCGUCGCUGGAUACGUGUGUGAACAAGAGGAGUUGAGCGGCAUAUUCGUGAAGAGCAUCAGCGAGGGUAGUUCGGCGGACCUGUGCGGCCAGAUACAAGUCAACGACAGGAUUGUUGAGGUGGAUGGCGUAUCGUUGCAUGGCGUGACUAACCACAGGGCCGUGGCUCUGCUGCGGGAUGCGAAAGGACCUAUUGUGAGGCUCAAAGCGCUAAGGUACCUGCGCGGCGCGGGGUUCGAGCGGCUGCAGCGGGCGCUGGCGGCGCAGGCGGGGCGCGCGCCCGCCGCACCCGCCGCGCCCGCCGCGCCGCCCAGCCCCUCCGUCACCUCGCUCGCCAAGUACAGCUUCAGCGUGUACGAUGAAUCAACGGUAAUAGAAGUGGAGCCGGAAUCGGAGGCACAGCCCCACCUUCCCUCUCCGAACUCUCCCUCCGAGGAGGCGGAGAUCGUGAUCGGGAGGGAGGACGCGGGCGAGUACCGGCGCAUCCAGGACAAGUGGCGGGAGAUCCUGCGGGACGAGCACGACUGGCCCGGACACAACUAUAAAUAUGAUAUUAUUGUGGGGACAAUAAUGAAAGACAAGGAGAGCGGGCUUGGAAUAUCGUUGGAGGGUACUGUGAGAGUGGUGGGAGGGAAGGAGGUCCAAGCUCGCCAUUAUAUCCGGGCCAUAGCACCGCACGGACCCGUGGCCAGGCUCGGCGUGCAUCGGGUCGGAGAUGAACUGCUAGAGGUGAACGGCUGGCGGGUGCUGGGCGCGCACCACGUGGAGGUGGUGUCGCGCCUGCGCGCCGUCACGUCGCCCGUGCUGCUCGUGUGCGUGCGCACGCACCGCCCGCCGCACGCGCCGCACGCGCCGCACCACCAGCUGCACCGCGACCGCCUCGCCAGGAACAGCAUCCUGGGCGGCAGCCUGCAGGACCUGCUGAGUCCGCCACAGAGACUGAUCAAGGCCAAGUCGGAGAGCUCGGUGGCGUCGCUCUGCAGCACCAACACCGUCAUGUCGGCUGGACACGAUCAUGAUGAAUUUUGCUCGGACGAGUUAGAGAGGAACAAGUCGCGGUCGUUGGAACCGCUGAGCGGACUCGCGAUGUGGAGCGACGAGGUGGAAUACAUACAGCUCCUGAAAGAGGACAGGGGAUUGGGCUUCUCCAUAUUGGAUUACUUGGACCCGUGCAGCGCGGGCGGGUCGGUGAUCGUGGUGCGGUCGGUGGUGGCGGGCGGCGCGGCGGCCGCGGACGGACGUCUGGCGCCCGGCGACCGCCUCGUGUCCGUCAACGGCCUGCACCUCGCCGCCAGCCCGCUCGCCGCCGCCGUGCGCGCCAUCAAGACUGCGCCCAAAGGUAUAGUGACCAUCGGGAUAUCGAAGCCGCUACCCUGCAGUACUGUGGUGGGCGGUGAGAAGGCCAACGGACACAGCAUAGAAGAUAGCCAGGAAUGCAUUAACUCUUUGGCGUCUGAUGAUCACACUGGGAUGGAUUCGUUCCACGAAUGUCUUCAAGAAUACGGCGAGGGUCUAGAAGUGGUGCAAAUAUGCCUCGAACCUGAAGAAGCUUCAAUCAAAGAUGAGGAAUUAUCAGGUAUUGGAGAUCUAAGCUUCGAUGAUUGCAAAAAGAAAGGAAAUGAUGAACAAAAUGUCGAGAUUAAAAUAGAAACUGCUAAAGUAAAUGGAGUCAAGUCGUCCAAAUCCGAAGAAUCUAUAGAUCAAGAUGAUGACAUGACGAUCACUGAAGACGACGUAUUGAUGCCCAGAGAACUACAAAGGGGAGAAGUGAGAAGUAAAUCUGCUGACAGAAAGGGUGAGCCAGACGAUUGUCUAUCAAAACUGCAGAGCAAAGAUAUAUCGACUUCCGAUGAAAUGGUAUUUGCUGUGACGCCGACGGGGUUAGAACGAAUUAGUUUUGAUAAAUAUUGGAAAGAUUACGGAGGAAAGGCUGACCAAACGACUAUCGAAAAGGUUAAAACCGAUGACAGCUCUAAUGAAUGUUUGAAUUCGCCCGAAGACACAAGUUUCUACGACGCGAACACAAGAACGUCCGUCCAUGAAGAGAAUUCUCUAUUGUACAUUGACCAUGAGAUAGAUGGGUAUGAAACGUGUCUCGACGAUGAUUCUACAUCUUUGAAAUGCACUGUUAAAAACGGUCGUAAAAUCAACGGCGAACGCGAGAUCAAAGCGACAGGUAAACAAGAUAAAACAGCAUUUAGAAACAAAGACAACGACGUAAGUGCCAAAAUCGCGAACGCACAGAACGCGGGCAAUGUUGUGAACGAUACGUCGUGUCGCGGGCACGCGCCGAGUGUGAAGCUGAUGGAACCAGUGAGGAGAGGAUCAUUAGACGUAUGUGACAAGCCACGAAGUCCGACCAAACCGUCCAGCGAGAGAGUGCAAUGCGUGGAGUACUACAACGACCAAGCGGAAUGUUUAAAAGAGAUACGAAAGAAAAGGUUAGAAGAAGAAGAAAAGAAGCACAAAGAGGAACAGCGGAAAAUUCUGGAACUCAAUUUGGCAGCGAUGGAGAAGAAACUUAAACUGCGAAAGCAGGAAGUGAGUGAAGAAUCAACUGAUUUGGAGAAUCACUAUGUUCCCGGUUGUCAUAAGUGCUUUUUGGAGAACUACGCAUAUGCGAUCACGAAGGCGUACAUAGCAGAGGCUAAUGCGUGCAAAUACUGCGAAGUGAUAAGAGAUAUGUUAGAGCGUCCUAAGACAAUACCGGAGAGGCGAAUGUCCGCACCGGCUUUGAUUAAUUUAGACAGCGGUGGCUCGGAGUCUGAUGAUGAAGACUUGCUGCUGGUGCCUGUUGUGCAGGGGAGACGGAAGUCGGCGGGUCCUUUGAAGUUUCUAGUGCCUUCGAGAAGACCUAGCUACGUACCACAAGCGAUGACAGUGACAGUGUCGCCGGACCGGCGCGCCGACGCGCUGGUGGCGCAGCGGUGGGGCCCAGCGAGGAAGGUCACCAUCAAGAGGAACCCUGGAGCACCGCUCGGAGUCAGUAUCGUUGGUGGCAAGGUUGAUAUAAUCUCCAAUCGUGAUGGAGAGGAGGGGGAAGAGAAGGUUAUAUUUGGCAUCUUCAUUAAGAACGUGGUCCCUGACAGUCCCGCGGGAGCCAGUGGAGAAUUACAAACAGGCGACAGGAUCCUGGAGGUGGACGGCGUGUGCGUGAGGUCUGCUCAGCAUGAGCGUGCAGUACAACUCAUCAAGGCAGCGGGGGAGAAGGUGACCCUCACCGUGCAGAGUCUGCUUACCUGGAAUACAGACUCUUCGGACGUGGAGGCAUCGUCCCCGCCGACGUCGCCCGCGUCCGUGCGGCACGCCCCCGCGCCGCCACCCGCAGACAAACAGAAAACACCACAGCACGAGAUAAAGAUAACAGUAACGCCAGAUCCAGAUUAUACGGAGGAAGCAGAAGAGAAGAAAGAACAAGCAGAACAGAAAGAAAAGAAAGAAGAAGCAAAGGAAAAUGAAGAAGCAAAGGAAAAUGAAGAAUCAAAAGAAAAGAAGGAAGAACAGAGCGAGGCGGCGCCACCACAACCCGUAUCUAAACCUGAAUACUCCGACGAUUCGGAGAGCAGCGACGAAGAAGAUGAAAGAGAGCUGCAGGGGAGGACCUACUCUGAUAAAGGAGUUGAGAUCGAUCGAGCGUCAGCCGGCGCCAUAAAGCGGACCAAAGAAGAGAAGGAGGCAGAUCCAGAGGAAGAAGACGACUUCGGAUACACGACAAAUAAAAUCCGCAAGAAGUACGCAUCUCUCGGAGACAACGUGGUCGUGGUGCGGUUGGAGAGGUCUCCUAAAGCUGGACUGGGGCUCAGUCUGGCGGGCCAUCGGGACCGCAGUCGCAUGGCAGUGUUCGUCUGCGGACUGCAUCCAGCCGGCGCCGCUGCGAAGGCUUCACCGCCUGUCAAAGUUGGAGACGAGAUCUUGGAGGUUAACGGCAUAGUCCUGCACGGCCGAUGUCAUCUGAACGCGUCUGCGAUUAUAAAGGGACUCGUCGGGCCUGUGUUUAAGAUCAUACUAUUGAGAAGGAAAUCUGCGCUAGAAGACGUCGCAGUUAAACCUCUGACGCAGUUCCCUGUCGCGUUAGAAGAAGAGUCGGAAGACCGGUUCGCCAGCUACAAAGGCGUUCGGGACAUCACCGUCAAAAAGGGUCCUUCAGGGCUGGGCAUCAUGAUAAUCGAAGGGCGGCACACGGAGGUCGGGCGAGGGAUAUUCGUCUCAGAUCUGCAAGAAGGAAGCGCCGCCGAACAGGCGGGUCUCCAAAUUGGCGACAUGCUUCUCGCCGUGAACAGAGACUCCUUACUCAAUUGCAGCUACGAUGCGGCGGCCGCCAAGCUGAAGCAGACGGAGGGCGUGGUGGUGCUGACGGUGUGCAACCCCAACAUGAAGGACGGCACCGAGAAGCCCGCCACUGAAGAAGCCACCUCCCCUGGAACCCCUGCUCCUGCAGCCACCCAGCCACCGUCUGCUGCGGCGCCCACGGGCCCGUCGCGGCCGACGAGUCGGAACCAAACCCCGGACCCCACGCUCACCGCCGCCGGUACCUCGCGGCCUCAGACGCCAAGACCUGUGCCUUCGCCGGUUAAAGCGGAGCCGCCGCCGGACCCGUCGACGGCGCCGCCGGUGCCCAACCAGGACACGGUGCUGGAGAUCAACACCAACAACGACGUGCUCGGCGUCGUGCUGCUAGGCGGCAGCGACACGCUCAUCAACGGUGCAGCAGCGGUGAUCCUGGACAUCUACAAGAACGGCGCGUUUGGCAAGGACGGGCGCCUGCGCGUGGGCGACCAGAUCGUGGAGUGCAACGGCGUCGCCAUCACCAAGGACAUGGCGCACGAGCGCCUCUGUCUCACCAUCAAGCAGCGCGCGCCCAAGUUGAAGCUGACGGUGCACCGGCCGGAGCCCAUCAAGUACCAGGAGGUGGAGGUGGAGCUGGCGCGCAAGCCCGGCCGCGCCCUCGGCCUCACCUGCGUCGCGCCCGUGCAGCAGCCCGGCGUCUACCUCGGCGACCUGUUGGCAGGCUCGCCGGCGGAAAUGGACGGUCGUCUACAGAAAGGUGACAUCCUAGUCUCUGUGGACGGCAAGGAUCUCUCGUCCGCGGACCUCAUGACCGCCGCGGCAGCUCUCAAGCUCGCCUCCAACAAGACAACUAUUAAGGUGAAGCGCUUCAAGAUCGUCAGGUAAUAAGGAGGUCCAGACGAAACGAGUUCAGAAUACGCCGUGAGGUUGUUAUAUCGUUUGGUACGGAAUGUGUUUAGGGUGUUGUCUUACAAUAAAAUGAUAGAUGGAUUUUUAUUUGGAAUGAUAUAUGAAAGCAACCAGUGUUGGAGUUAUGGUGGUUAUAUAAUUAUAAAGAUAUAUGGGACAUAGGAAGCUAGUAUGAAUGUUGUGAUCCAUGUUGUAAUGGUUUCCAUUCGGUAUCGAUAUGUCGGAUUGAGAUUAGAGGAAAGUACAGGCUUACUAUUAUGUCGACAAAAUUAAAUUGAUUAGCAGGAUUUCCUCAAAGAUUUUUCGUAAAUUAAAUCUAUACGUAGUCGACAAUGUUGUUGAGCGAUUAUCGACAAGUAUCAAACGAUAUAAGAACAUAAUGAAAUGUUUAAACUUGUAUAGGAUGAAUGUACCAGACAUGAUAUACUGAAUAUUCGUUGCGUAUGUUUGAUGGCUAGGGUAUCCUGUAGACUAUUUAUUUAUUUUAAAGUUAUUUAAGUGGCAACGUGUGGUACAUUUACCCUAAGGAUGAACUGUAUAAUAUUGAUUUAUUUAACUAAGGUUAGCUGGCACUCUGACAUUUCAUAUGUUAUUGUCUCAGAACAAGAGACUUUGUACUCUAUAUCAGUGGACUGUCUAUUUCUUAUCUAUGUUUUAAGAGUGAAAGGGACAAUGCAUUGAUUAGUAAAAUUCUGUCAGAUUAUUGAAUUUUUGAUUUUGACAUUUUCCAAAGAUACUGUAAAUGUCAAAUUUAUUCUUCAAUAGUUAUUUAACUAUUUAAAUAUUAAUCUUCAAGAAUGAAAACGUAAUAGAGGCAUUUUUCUUCUCUGUAGUUCGACUUGUCAAAAUUUGUCAAAGUGACGUUUGAAAUGUCAAAGGCGUCACAUAGAGUAAUGUAGAGUAAACGAAGCUCGGUGACUGAGUCGCAUCCACUAUAGACUUCGGUUAAGCCAAAUUAUCUUAGUUGACAAAGGCAUUGGCGUAACUGGUGACAUAAGUUGGAAGUAGGGUCAGCAAAUCUUAAAAAAAAUAUCGAUAAUUUGUACUAUCAUAAAUUAAUGUUUAGAAAUGCUGGGGGGUGAGUAGAAAAAUUGAGAUCUACGUUUAAAAAAAAUUAAAAUAAUCAUUUAAUGUGCUAUUACUGGAGCCUAAUAAAUACCACUGUAAUAUGAUAAUAAAUUUGAACUCAUAAAAUGAUCAUGACAAAAUACGGACACUUCAAAUUUAGUUAAAACUGUGUCAAGUUAGUCCAAACUAUUACCCGAAGUGAACUAUAAAGGUGACUAACUCCUAAACACUAAAAGGAGUUUUUUACUUUAAAAGGAUCCUAAGGUCCCAAACCUGACCCCUAUAGGCCCGUCCCAGUUAAGCCAAUGCACACAGUGACGCUCUUUAUACUUGUUCGUUAUCUAAGGGAGUGAGUAGACAAUAAACAUUACCCUGUCCACCGCGCAGUCCCACGCUUCCUUACACUUUAGUAUCUGUUCAUUGAGUUUUCUAUGAUCGGCUCAAAUACAAAUUACAGGGGAAAAUGAUUUAUUUGUUCAGUUAUUGAUUCUCAUACUGAGUGAUGUUAUAUUUGACCCUAGAUAAUUUUAAUGAUUAGUCAAUUAUCGACAGGAAAACUUUUAAAUAUUUUGACUAUCCUCAUAGCUCUAUUGUAACUACGAUUUAAAAAUCAUCCUAUAACACAACAAUAAAAAAACUGUCUAUUUGACAUAAGAGCGAUUAAUUUUAAUAGUUCCAACAAUCUAACUGACUCCAAAAAUAAGAAAAACCCAAGCAAGCCGGUCAAAGAAAAGUCGUGACUAACUACCCCGUGCUAGUAGCUCUAGACGCUGUCACUUUGCGUGUAUGUGUAGACGGCACUGCAAGCCAUUCAGUAUUGGUUGCGUAAGAUCUGUUGUACAAAGUUACGCGUGUCAGCACAUUUUUGACAGCUCUUGACAAAAAAAUAUUUAUAUAACAAACGAUUUGCUCCCGGUUUCGUCAUGUAUGAGUGUCCCGGGAUAAAAGUCCCGAUAUAUAUUUUCCCGGGAUAGUAAGUAGCCUAUAACCUUCCCAGGGUCUUAAACUAUCUCCAUACCAAAUUUCAUAAAAAUCCGUUCAGUAUAUUUUGAGAAAAUUGACUACAUACAGAGAGACAGAAGAGUAGACUUUGUUUUAUAAUAUGUAUAGAUGGAUCAUUUUGAUCUUUCCUAUGUUGCAUAUUAUUAAAUAAAUACUUCUCAAUAGUGGCAUAAAAAGAAGUAUGUCUUUUUUAAUCUCCCGUCAAAAAGUUACUCGAAUGUCUGUCAAAAAUGAGCUGUCACUUUGGUAGAUAAUUUUAUGUUAGUUUUGUUACUAUAAGGCCGGGACGACCCUUCAUUUUAGUUAGUAACAAGUAUGUUUCAGUGUAUUAGCAUCUGUACAAUUGCGAGCAAAAAUCGACCUAAUUACUAUAAAGUAAUACGCAUCUUGUAUGAAUAUAGAACGUAUAUUCUACAAGAUAAGGUCGAGUUUUGGCCGCAUGUAUUAGUUGGACCAUGCGCUAGGGUAACCUGUACAAUAGUUGGCACUAUAACUAUAUAGAUUUUGAGUAUGCGAAUAUAUUAUCAAAAUACGUAAAUAGUGUAGUAAUACGAACUUUUUGUAAUGAGUGAAUUCAAUACUUUAAAGGAAGUUUUUUUAAUGAUUAACGAGAAAAAACAAAAAAAAUAAAUUAAAACUAUUAAAUUUUGAAAUUAAAUUUUAAUUUCCAUAAAUACUACAAUAAUAGGUAAUUCUAUAGAAAUUAUUCGAUACUUUUGAACAAUAAUUGCAGCGCUCCUUAAAUAAUUAAGUAAAUACGAAAUAGUUUGCGUUAGUUAUAUUUGCAUGAAAAAUACAAGUUAUUCCUGAUUUACGUGCGUAUACGCACGACGGCUGUUGUCUUUACGCGGCGCGUGAGAUGUGAUCUUGUUAAAAUUAAACCAAACAGAAGUAAUGAAAUGAAAUGAAAUGAUUUAUUUGAAUCUGUAAAAUGUUAUACAUUAUUUAGAUUCCGUCAAUAUUAACUCUACCACCAGUUCGGAAAGCAGUUUUCACCAGAGAAGAACGGGCAAGAAACUCUGGUGUUGCUCUUUUCAAUCAGUUUAGGGUAAAGACUACAGUACAUGAUAAAGUAAGAAGAAAAAAAACAAAAAAAGUUUAGAGCAGUUCAUUUAUAGGCUCGUGAAAUAAGGAAUAAAUUAAUUUAAUUUUUUAUAUGACUGCACAACCCUCUCAGGAAUCAUAGUAAAUACGAAGGUCGUGCCAAAUAUUGCAUAGUUUAUUCGAUCGUUUCAUUCAGUAAUUAACGUGGGACAAUCGACGAACAGGGGGAAAGUGUUAAUAUGUCAUGAUAAUUUUUAAAAGUCUAGAUUUUUUUUACAAAUAUAACUUCUUUAUUCGUUUGUAUUUUUUUAUUAACAUUAAAAACGUUAAAAAUUUUAACAAUAAUGUAACUUUUUAGAAUCGUUCUUAACAAAAAAAGGGGGGCAUGUUAUUUAGAAAAAAAAAUGUUCUUAUAUAGACGUUUCCGCCUGUUCGCUCGGUUUAGUUAUUAGUUAAGAACACGAUAGUCUAGUCGACACUAAAAUAUUACUUUCAUAGCGUAUUAAGAUGCCUUUUAGGUAGAUAGGCUCGCGUCAAUAACUAUAGAAAGCUAGGCCAAACAAUCGUAGCGAUAGGUUUCCCUCGCCGAUAGAUGGCGCCACAUUUUGAGAUAAAACAUUUUGUGAAUACCCAAAUAUUGAUUAUCGUGUUUAAAUGUAUUGAGUUUUGUGAACCGACUUCAAAACGAAUGAAAACACCAAUUUACGUUAAAAUUGCCGAAUUAUUUGAAAUAAGCCUCAGUGAAAAUAGUCCAGUAUUUCGAAAAUAUUUUUUUUUAUGAAAAAAUUGUACCAAAGUAACAUAUUUAGCAUCGAAUUUAAAAAACCGCAUUUUUGAAGUCGGUUGAUAGUAUAUUAUUAAAAUAUUAAUAAUCAUCAAUAGUGCUUUAUUCUGAUAAUGAAUAAUUUGGAAAUAUUUUUCCUUCGUAGUGUAUCGGAAUAAGCCAAAGUGCAUUUUUAUAAAAAAAAAACGUAUUUAACGAGAAAAAAUCUAAUAAAAAUUGCAUUUAAACAAAACGAUGAAUCGCGUAGCAUAAUUCUAAAACAUUUGUAAAGUGUACAUACGUAAGUGUUUCGCCCAGUUAACUUUUUAGCAAUUACAAAUGUAUUUAAGUAUAGAUUAAUUUUCUUGGGGACAAUAUUAUUUGGAGGUCUAUUAACUCUAAAAUCCUACUUUUGAAAUUGAAGAGCUAAUUAAAGAAACACCCAAACUUUGAUACUGAAAUCGUUUCUAUGCGUAAAGAACUAAACAGGUUUAAAUUUGUUGAAGGUGGUCGUUAUUAGUGCCCUGGAAUUGGUGUUUACACCCUACUUGUUGAUAGUGGCCGUAUUGCUGUCAUCGAUGAUUGUUACUAUACAUUACAGCGAUUGGGGCCAAAUAAUGAAGCGUAUUUUCAAAUACAAUUAACUUACUAAAUGAAAUAUAAUGAACGCUGAGCAAGCUAUUAGUUGGUUAUUAGACCUCUAAAUGGUAUUUUCAACUUCAUAUACUUCAUCAGACUCGUAGAAACGUGUGCAACCUGAAUUAUUACACAUCUGUGUGCAAUAAUUUUAGCGUAUUAACAUUUUAAGUGAAGCCAUAGGAAAGAUUGUGGUAACAUCAAAGAUCUAGUACUAUCUAUUUUUAGUUAUAUCGAAAAUAAAAACAAUCCUAAUCGUUAUCCUUGGAUCAAACCAGAGAUUAAUAAAAAAUCCAUUGUUUUUUAAUCUGUAGAAAUGUCAAAAAAACAAUUUUGAUUUAUCAAUUUUUACUAUGGAUCAUAUCGUCGGUUGAAAAUCUAAUUGACAUAAACGAAAAAAAAUUUUCGAAAAAUUUUAACGACUUUAAAAAACAUAGAAAAAAGUGCUGAUUUUAAAUAUACAUGAAAUUUAGUGUCGCAAAUAAUGUCGUUUAAGUCAAUUUGCCUUCUAACCGUCGAUAUGCUAUCGAUUGGUAUUGUUUAUUGAAAUCUGCUGUAUAAGAAAUAUUGAGAUAAACGCCUGGUUUCUGAAUACGAUGGAUAACAUCUAUUAGCUUGAACUAAUUGGGGUGAAUUGCAAUUCAGAAACCCGUAAUCGAAUACAAACUAUACGGUUCACGGAUUUUAAACAACUGGUGGAUUAGCUAAACGGGUUUAUUGUUGAAGCAACGGUUAUGAAGUUCCACUUCGAAUAUUUAAUAUUAUUUAUUCAUUACUUAUAUCGAGCUGCGACGGACAUACAAAAAGCUGAAUAUUUUUUGGGCAUGCAGCAAGUCUUGAUCGCCAUUUAGAAAUUAUUGUAAGGCGUCAAACAGUUUGAUUAUUAAUUUGAUAAUCUUUCUACUUGUAACAGUCGGGCAAACAAUGUGAUAUUUUUUUUGCAUAAAAUUUAAAAGUAAAACCGUUUUUUUUAAUAAAAAAAAUUGUUACUUUAUUAUUAUAGAUAACUGAAAAAUUUGUUUCAACGCCUUGGAAAAAAAACGGAUGUUUUUAUAGCUUGAUUGUUUCACUCAGUAAAUACGCUUUGUCAAGGCUAUAAGCAAUUCUUCAGAUGAAGUAUGUUCUUCCCAGCUCCGUGAAGACACCAAAAAUCAUUAUCGUAAGUCAUAUAUGUAUAAAAAUUAUGUGAUUCACAUAAUUUUGCUGUCAACUAACCAUUAACGACAUGUACUUAUUUAAACGGUCAGUGAUAGUGUAUUUCUCCCUACUCUUUUUAACUAAAGCCUUUUAAACGUAAGUUAAAUUAGUACGUAAUUAGAUAAAUUUAAAAAAAUCCAUUAUUAUAGUGAAAUAAAAUGUUUCCACAUAAAUAGCGUAAAGUUUAAACUUUCUUAUAACGCCGGUUGGAUUUUAAAGUGUACCUAACUAAACACUGUGGUAUAUUGUAUGGAAUAGUGAUUCUAUAAUAAAAUGUAUGCUUUUAUA